AUGCCUCUUGGACCAGCGCCUUUGUGCUGUGAAGGUCUUGCGGAAGUCAGGACCAUCUACCAGCCUUUUGCUGAGGACGAGGCACUUCUGCGAAAAGAACUGGAGAACUUGGCGGCUUUGCCUGCGCAUCCGAACCUGAUUCGGUACUACACAUCCUUCUUAGAUGAGAGAGGUAUUCUGCACAUCGUCACAGAGUACAUUCAUGCUGCGAAGCUUUACAAAUUGAUCAACAAUUCUGCCGUUGAGCCAUGCCCUCGGGAAAGUGUGUGGCACUGGUUCUUGCAGCUGUUCAAAGGCCUGGCAUGCAUCCACUCCAUCGGAAUGACCCAUCGAGAUCUCCAUGCUGAAAACAUCCUCGUCACAGUUGAUAGCAAGGGUGUUGCCCAGACUUGCCCAGACUCUUUGAAAAUCAUCGACGUCGGAUUGGCCAAGAUCUACAAAACACUGGAGCCAGCUGUCAUGUCUGUAGCUGGUGUCGGCCCAGCAUGGUAUUUCUCACCAGAAAGGCGUCGAGGAGAAGCUUUCGACAGCCUGGAUGACGUCUGGGCUGCUGGAUGCAUGUUGGCAGAGAUGCUCAUCUGCAGGGGCCCUUACAUCCAGCAGCACCCGGACCAUGGGCCCCAUGGCAUUGACUUCUCUUUGAAGCCUGCUGCGAUACAGGAGCUGCUGCGUCUCUGCAGUCAGACAUCCUCCAUGGGUGCCUUGGCGCGGCUGGCAGAAGCCCCAGGGUUCCUUCUCACCCCGAGGCCGCAGCGGUUCACAGCACAGCAGACUGUGGGAGAGCUGGAAGAGCUGGAAAAGACUGCAGUGUGCCAGGAUCUCUCUAUCUAA